AUGUCUCUAGAACCUAGUCCAACAGCCAAAGCACUCAUCCAAACCACCAAGGGCUCAAUCAAUAUCUCACUCUUCGCCAAAGAGUUUCCUAUCACCACUCGAGCAUUCAUGUCCCACAUUCUUAACCACAACUACACCAACCUCCAAUUCUCACCCAAUAAUGGAAACAACUAUAUCGAACUAAUAAAUUCAGUUACCAAAUAUGACAUAUCUAAAGAAUAUCACCCAAGAAUCAAAUUCAAACGAGGUACGAUCGUUGCCCUACAUUCUCAAGAUGAAAACAAGAAUUCAGUGGAUGGGUUUCAGAUUCUCCUAUCUGACACCCCGGAAUGGAACGGGGUUAAACAUGGAUAUACGCCUUUCGGUCGUGUUGUGAGUGAAGAUUGGUAUACUAUUCGUAAAAUUGCUGACGUGGAGGUUGAUGAGAAUGGGGAUCCGUUAUUCCCGGUUCUGGUUGUCAGUGGAGAGAUUGUUAUUCCAUUUUUCGAUGACUUGGAUAUGGAAAAGAGACAAGAAGGAAAUCCGGAAAUACGGGAGGACAGAGGACGGGUUAUUAAGAAGGCAAAAGUGAGUUUGAACUAUGAUGAAGAGGAUGAGAGUGGUCAGGAAGAUGAGGAUGGCGGGUUUAAGAUGAUGUCAAAGUAUGAUGUACGAGGUAGAGGAAGGACGGUAGCGACAAAGAAUGAACUGCCAGUUGCCGAAACAGGAACUGUCAAUGAAUCUUUCCCUCAAGUACAUCCAUCUACCAAGGAAGAAAAGGAGGAAUCACUGGGCGACGAUGAUCAUCAGAAGUCGUCAGACCAAGUAGGCUCCUCAGAUGAUGAAGAGGAACAAACAACUCCAAAGGCUAAAAUAAAACUUACAAGAGAUCCAACUAUUGAUUCAGACUACGAUUCUAAUCUUGACCUUUCGGAAUCUGAAUCAAUUACUUAUUCAAGUCUCAAGAAUCAUAAAUUUAUAAUUACAUAA